AAAAAAAGAACCAAUCAAUUAAAAGUCCUCAUCCAAAACACCCAAAUAUAAAAAAAAAGUACCAAAACAUACAUCCCAAAAUUCCCAGCAUAAAAACCUUCAUUAAAACAGAAUAUCCAUAUUCCAUAUCCUCCAAAACCACCAAAAAAAUGGGAGAUUUCUCAUACUGUCCAGAUUGCAAGAAAAGCACAGAGGUAGUUCUCGACCAUGCCGCAGGAGACACCGUUUGUGUCGAGUGUGGGCUUGUUUUAGAGGCCCAUUCCAUUGAUGAAACCUCUGAGUGGCGGACUUUUGCUAAUGAAGCCCAAGAUAAUGAUCCAGUUCGUGUUGGUGGGCCUACUAACCCAUUACUUGCAGAUGCUGGGCUUUCUACUGUUAUCUCUAAAACUAAUGGGUCGUCUGGUGACUUUCUUACAUCUUCUUUGGGCCGCUGGCAGUCUCGUGGGUCUAACCCGGAUCGUAAUCUUAUUCAGGCCUUUAAGUCCAUUGCCACCAUGGCGGACAGGUUGGGCCUUGUUUCAACUAUCAAGGAUCGAGCCAAUGAGAUAUUUAAGAAGGUUGAAGACCAGAAACCUCUUAGAGGUCGGAAUCAAGAUGCAAUUUUGGCCGCUUGUCUCUAUAUUGCUUGUCGACAAGAGGACAAACCGAGAACUGUAAAAGAGAUAUGUUCGGUUGCUAAUGGGGCCACAAAGAAGGAAAUUGGCCGUGCAAAAGAGUUUAUUGUCAAGCAACUUGAGGGGGAGUUGGGUCAAUCCGUGGAAAUGGGAGCUAUUCAUGCAGGAGAUUUCUUGAGGCGUUUCUGUUCACAUUUGGGCAUGGACAAGCAAGCAGUAAAAGCUGCCCAGGAAGCUGUUCAGAAAUCUGAAGAGCUUGAUAUAAGGAGGAGCCCGAUUUCAAUUGCAGCAGCAAUCAUUUAUAUCAUCACCCAACUUUCCGAUGAUAAGAAGCCACUCAAGGAUAUUUCUCUUGCUACCGGUGUGGCUGAGGGAACGAUAAGGAAUUCUUACAAAGACCUUUAUCCCCAUAUUUCGAGGAUAAUACCAAGUUGGUAUGCCAAGGAAGAUGAUCUAAGAAGUUUAAGCAAUCCUUGAGAAAAACCAUUGCAGGUUAACAUGUACAAGGUAUAAGAAUUUGUUAGCUAAUGAACAUGACAUUAUAAUAGUAUAGAUGCAAGCCAUUUGUUCGAGGUGAUUCGUUGAACCAAUCGUCUCUUUUAGGUGGAUAGUUGCCGGUUAGGUUAAUAGGUCUUGUUGGUCACUUGUACAAUAUCUGACAUAUUAUGUUCUUCAGCUGUAUGUAACUCUGUAGGUAGUGGCAACAUGCUUUGCCUAGUCUGUAGUACACUCUUCUGUAAGGUAAUACUUAUCAAUAUGAAAAUGAAAAUGACUUUGAUCA